GUUCGCUCUACCCGUCGACGUGUGACGAUCCUUCGUGGGGGAACGGCUGGAUCUUCGUUGUUCAUUCCUUUUUCUCUUUCUCUUUCUCUUUCUCUUUCUCUUUCUCUUUCUCUUUCUCUUUACUUUUCUCAUAAGAAAGGAAAGGGCCCGUACGCAAUGCGUCUCCUCGUCGCUUACAAGUAUGCUGGAUGAUUUUGCCUUUCUUCGGGUGUUGUCCGACCUUCUCUACUCCGUAUAAGCUUUGUGGCUUCUAUCUCGCGUAUUACUUCGACAACAGCCUCCUUGGUGUAUUAUUUGUCUUUUUUUCUUUUUUUCUGCCUUCUUUUCUCUUCCUCUUUUUCUUCCAUUUUCCUUCCUCGUCGUUCAUUCUUCCCUCGCGGCUCAAAGUGGCCCGUCAUGGCGACCGACACGACUACCGCUCCUUUGGAGAAGCCCGGUGUCUCCGAGGCCGAAGAUGGCAAUAGUGGAAGCGACAUUGGCCAUAGCGGCGCCAGUCCAGCCGAUCCUACUAUCACAGGGGAGGCCUUUGCCCACCUGGAUGAGAAGAAAGUCCUUCGCAAGAUGGACAUGCGGCUGAUCCCCAUGUUGGCCCUCCUCUACCUCCUUUCCUUUCUAGAUCGGGGCAACAUCGGAAACGCGAAAAUCGAAGGCCUCCAAGAGGACCUCAACAUGACCGACGACCAAUACAACUGGUGCCUGACCGUUUUCUUCUUCACCUAUGCCGCCUUCGAAGUCCCAAGCAAUCUACUCUUGAAAAAGCUCCGACCGAGCGUCUGGCUUCCCAUCAUCAUGGUCGCCUGGGGCACCGUCAUGACCCUCAUGGGCAUUGUGCAGAACUAUGAAGGCCUUCUUAUCUCCCGCAUCUUCUUGGGUCUUGCCGAGGCUGGUUUAUUUCCUGGUGUUGCGUACUAUCUAACAAUGUGGUACUGCCGCCGCGAGAUCCAACUCCGCCAAGCGCUCUUCUUCUCGGCCGCCUCCAUCGCCGGCGCGUUCAGCGGCCUCCUGGCCUUCGGCAUCGCCCACAUGGACGGCGUCGCCGGCCUCGAGGGCUGGCGCUGGAUCUUCAUCCUCGAGGGCAUCGCCACCGUCCUCGUCGCCGCCUGGGCCUUCUGGGCCCUCCACGACUUCCCCGAGACCGCCAGCUUCUUGACCGCCGAGGAGCGCGCCUUUGUCGUCUGGAGGCUGCGGUACCAGGACCAGCGCGACGCCGAGGCCGACAAUAACAAGUUGAACGCUGCCGGGGGUGCGGGGGAACCCGGUGUGGGUGCCGCUCCUGCUCGGGUCGCCGUCCCCGAGGCGGAGGAGUUCAAGUGGCGUUAUGUGUGGGAUGCGUUUCGAGAUUGGCAGAUUUGGGUGAAUAUCUUUGUGUACUGGGGUAUCGUCUGCCCACUCUACGGCAUCAGCCUCUUCCUCCCCACCAUCAUCCGCACCCUGGGCUACACCUCCAGCACCGCCCAGCUCAUGACCGUCCCCGUGUACAUCACCGCCGCUGUCUUGGCCGUGAUCUUCGCCUACCUCUCCGACCGCGUCGGCAAGCGCAGCCCCUUCAUCGUCGUAUUCCUGUGCAUCAUGAUCGUCGGCUUCGCCAUGUGCAUCUCCACCGGUAACCCGCGCGUCGUGUACGGAGGCGUCUUCCUCAGCGCUUGCGCCAUCUACCCGGCCUUCCCCGGCGUCAUCACCUGGCUUGCGAAUAACCUGGCGGGGAGCUACAAGCGGAGCGUGGGUAUGGCCAUUCAAAUCGGCGUGGGAAACCUCGGAGGUGCCAUGGCGUCCAAUUUCUAUCGCGCUCGGGACUCCCCCCGGUAUAUCCUCGGACACGCCCUCGAACUCGGUUUCAUCUGCGGCGGCAUCAUCGCUGCUCUUAUUCUCAUCUUCACGUACACCACCAUCAACAAGAAGAGAGACCGGCUCAUGCGUGUCGGCGAAGACAAGAAGCUUACGCAGCAAGAGCUCGCGGCCAAGGGAGACCGCGCCGUGACAUGGAGAUAUAUCUACUGAGCUGAGCUGCAUUGCCGUGUAAAGGAGGGCUGGUAAGGGAUCUCGACGACUAACCGAGUACAUUUCAGAACCUUAUAGAGGCAAGGGAAGAACCACAUAUGUAUUGAGCAGUAUUUCUAAGGGAUCUCUGACAUGAUCCUUUUUCUUUCUUUUUUUUCUUCCUAUUACAUUUGCUCAAACACAUUCCCACAUGU